UAAAUCUCUCGUUUCUAUUUCUUUGAUUGGUUUAUAAUCUUUUGGUGGUCUCUGUUUUUCUUCAAUUUCUUAGUUCUGGUGCUUGUUUUCUUAUGUCUCCUUUUCGUAUUUGGUAGAUCAUCGUAAUUUCCUCUUUUUUUUUGAAGUUUCUUCUUUGUUUGCUGGAAUUUUUCUGUGUCUGUUGCAAGGUUUAAUCAAUUGAGCUGUAGUUUGUUUUCCUCUCUAGCCUUUAUUCAAGUUUUCAAGACAAGUCUUCUUCUAAUCACUUUCUGUUUGAUUUCUAUCAUGGAAAAUGAUUUAUUAUGUUGUCAAUUUGAUAACCUUGAUUUUGCAACUAUUUCCCAAGGACAGUCUCCAAUCUCUUUGAUUGAGAUUGAUUUUCUUUGUAAUACUUUCAAGGGUCUCAACUUGGAUGAUGGUGAUCAUAACAAAAUUCAAGCUAGUGAAUCUGAAAUUUUAGAUGGUUUUGCUCACUGUCAAGCUUCCAUUACCAGCAAAGUGCCCUCUCUCAUGAGUGGGAAUUUCAACAGUUCUCUGGAGAUUAAUUGUCAAGCAAGAUUCACUCUUUUUGGCAAGUUUCACAGUGUUAUUCCGAUCAGGAGUGUUUACCUGGACGACGAUGGAGUCUCUGAUGAUCUGAAUUUCAAGUUGUCCGACGAAAUUGACAGAACUCUCCAAACAAGUGGUUCGGAUCUUCUUCCAGGCAGUUUUCUGAGGAGUGUUUCAUCAUGUUCUUUUUUUCCAAUCAGUCUAAUACAAUUCUUCUGUUUGGAGGGAACAUGUCUUGGUUUAUCUUUGCUAGUCAUCUUUCUCUUUGGAGGAGUGAUGCACCUUUGUAUUUCACGCGUGGCUCAUUUAUGAGAAUUAAACGUCAACAUGUUCACGUCCUGAAAGAUGAUCCAAUAGUGGUUGAUUGUAAUCAUGGUCGAAGUGGCGCUGAUAAAGUAUUAGCGAAUUUGAAGAUUUCUUCAUUAGAACUGGACCGAUUGAGGAUGUCUACUUUACUUCCUGGACGCAACAACUCUUGUCUUGACACAUAUCUGCACUUACCUUUAUUUCAUUUUCCUCUUUGUUGUAUGAGCUUACUUUCAUUGUCUUGUGUUUUCCCCUCUUCUAAAUGGUUCAGCCUCCGGUCUAGUGUCUACUAACUGUGAUGGCUAAAUUUGUAACCGCUUGCUUAUAAAAAAAAAAAAAAUUUAAAAUCUUGUCCGGAAUGGAUUAGUUAGUCUUAACCCAUCCUGGAGGAGCAUACAAUUUAGUCCCGUUUAUUUGAAAAGUAGAAAGUAUAUGUUUGUUCUUCACACGCUUCGCAGAAGUGAUGCACGAUGGAGAAAUGUGAACUAUCUCAUACUGCAAGAAAUA